UACCCCUUGUACAACUCCAAAACACAAUCCCAAUUUUUAUUCAUCACCAAAAUAAAAACAUUCCCACUCCAAAACCCCCUAAAAUUGCGCGUGAAAUACCGAAACUCAUUCCCCAAGUGCAACAAUGGGAGUACCAGCAUUUUUCCGGUGGCUGAGUCGUAAAUAUCCAUCCGUGAUAGUGGAGUGCAUCGAGCAGAAGAAAACAUCAAUCGAUGGGGUCGCGAUCCCGAUAGAUUCAUCAGAACCGAACCCCAACGGGGUCGAGUUCGACAACUUGUACCUCGACAUGAACGGUAUAAUACACCCUUGUACCCACCCGGAAGACAAGCCAGCCCCCAAAACCGAGGACGAGAUGAUGGAAGCUAUUUUCGAGUGCAUAGACCGAUUAUUCGCCAUAGUCAGACCCCGAAAGCUUCUCUACAUGGCGAUUGAUGGAGUCGCCCCCCGAGCGAAAAUGAACCAGCAGCGGUCGCGCAGGUUCAGGGCCUCGAAGGAAACGUCAGAGAAGAUAUUCGAGAUGAAUAGAAUCAGAUCUGAACUGCAGUCCAAGGGGGCAUACGUGCCCCCCGAGAAACCUAAGGAAGAGCAUUUUGAUUCCAACUGCAUCACCCCUGGCACUCCAUUCAUGGCUAGACUCUCUGCCUGUCUUCAUUAUUACAUUCAUGAGAGAUUGAACAACGAUCCUGGCUGGCAGGGGAUCAAGGUCAUCCUGAGCGAUGCCAAUGUCCCUGGAGAGGGUGAGCACAAGAUAAUGGACUUUAUUCGUCGUCAGAGAGCUCAACCCGAUCAUGAUCCCAACACUCAGCAUGUUUUGUGCGGUGCUGAUGCUGAUUUAAUAAUGCUGGGACUGGCUACUCAUGAGCCCAAUUUCACCAUCAUCAGGGAGGAGUUCAAGCCGAAUAAACCGAGACCUUGCGACAUUUGUGGACAGUUGGGACACGAGAUGAAGGAUUGCACCGGAGCAGAACCUGACGCCAACAAAGACGAAGUAGCUUUUGGAAGCGAGUGCCAGUUCAUAUUCGUUAGAUUAAACGUCUUACGAGAGUAUCUGGAGCGAGAGCUGCACAUGCCAAAUCUACCCUUCAAAUAUGACUUCGAGAGGGCUAUUGACGACUGGGUCUUCAUGUGUUUCUUCGUGGGAAACGAUUUCCUACCGCAUUUACCCUCGUUAGAGAUCAGGGAAGGGGCCAUCGACAGAUUAGUCAAUCUCUACAAGAAGACGGUUUACAAAACUGGGGGAUUUCUCACCGACAGUGGAGACGUCAAUCUCGACAGGGUUCAGCUGAUCCUCUCUGAUCUCGGGGACAUGGAGGACGAGAUAUUCAAGAGGCGACAGCAGAACGAACUCGCUUUCAAGCAGCGGGAGAAGAGCAAGAAGAGGCGGCUCGAUGCAAUCAGCAAUUUCAAACCCAAGUGGGUACCCACUGGCCAGUUUGCACCCAAGGCUGUCGGUGGCCAAGUGAAUCCUGUGCAGAAUGCCAGGCACGAGGCGUAUCAGAUGAGAAUGAUGGGGAGGAAUUUCUCGACUAGUGCUGCUGAACGCAAGCUUCAGGGGGCUGAUGCCGGAAGUGCUCUUGAGGCUAUGAUGGUACCUGAGGGAUCCACAGGGAUCGACAGGGGGGUCAAGAGAAAGAGUGAUGACGUUGAGGAAGAGGUAGAUGAUCAGGCACAUGAUGAAGUCAGACUUUGGGAGGAUGGCUUUAAGGAUCGGUAUUAUGAGUCCAAGUUCGAUGUCUCGAUUGAUAAUCUCGAGUUUAGGAACAAUGUUGCUCUUCAAUAUGUUCGAGGCCUCUGCUGGGUUUUGAGAUACUACUAUCAAGGCUGCGCAUCGUGGAAAUGGUAUUUCCCUUAUCACUAUGCGCCUUUUGCCAGUGAUUUUAUCAAUAUUGGGGGUCUCUCCACUGAAUUUGAAAAAGAUACUGUGCCUUUUCGUCCUCUUGAACAAUUGAUGGGUGUGUUCCCAGCUGCCAGCAGUCGUCAUGUCCCGAAACCAUGGGCCAAAUUGAUGAGUGACCCUAGAUCCUCGAUUAUAGAUUUUUAUCCAGAAGACUUCAAGAUUGAUCUCAAUGGAAAGAAGUUUGCCUGGCAAGGAGUUGCUCUACUGCCAUUCGUCGAUGAGACGAGGUUAUUCAAGGCUCUCAAGCCUUAUUAUGAAGUUCUGACAGAAGCAGAAAAGAAACGUAACGUGAGAGGUGACGACAGGUUAUACGUUGGGCCUGGAAACAGUGGAUACGAUUUUAUAAAGGGACUCUACACGAAUGGAGUAGAUCGAGAUGCUGAGACAGAGAUUUCAAUUGACGGAAUGAGAGGAAUCAUUUUAUUGGCUGAGGAUUGUGUCGGUGAAGGGGCCACUCUUCCAUCGCCCAUCAAUGGAGCACCUGUUCGAUAUAAUAAAGUUUACUGCGUGAGCUAUCGUGAUCCAAAGUACACAUCAGGCCACAUUUUCCCUGCAAAAAAAUUGAAAGGUGUGAAAGAGCCACCUCGAGUGUUAAAACCCCAAGACUUUGAACAGAUGAAUCGUGACAAUGGGAAUCAGUGGAAGCCUCAGAUCGGCUUUGUGCGUUCCAAUAAAAUCGGCCUUCUUGGCGAUGCUGGACACCGAAUGCUAGGACAUCACACUAAUGCCAAUAGGAAUCAGGGCCAAUACUCUCACGUUCCACCCCCACAAAAUUCUUAUCAGCGCGGGUAUUCUAGUGGAUACCAAACGUCCUCGGGUGGUAGUGGGCAUAACAGUCAGUCGAGUGGUUAUUCUGGUAAUCGAGGAUAUCAGAAUAAUUAUCAUUCACAGGGUGGUGGACCCGUCAGGAGUGGCGGGGGGUAUGGACAGGGCCAGGGGCACCAAUCUUAUGGACAUCAGCAGCAUAACUAUCAACAGGGGAGGACCCAUCCAUAUCAGGGCCACAGGAGCAAUCAUCACAAUUCGGAGAGAGGGGGAUAUUCCAAUCAGCAGCGGAAUCAAUCCAAUAAUCGCUACGGAGGAAGCGGUGGAGGUGCCCGAAGGAACUAAUAAUGCAUUCAAACAAUUAAUCUGCACAUAACGAUCGAAUUAUAAUAAACAAUCAUCCGUGAUUUAUUUUGAGAAAUUUCAUGUCGCAAUAGUGACGAAUCAAUUUAAAUUGUAAUCAACGAGAGGAUAAAAUUUAAUUAUAAAUUUUAGAGGGACUUUUUACAGAUACUAGUUUAACAUUUAACAUUUCGUUCACACAUAUUUGUCAUAUGUGGAAAUUUCUGAUGAUAACAAUCUGGUGACAAUUGAGAAUCAUUGACACUGCGAAUUGCAAUAUGAUAUUGUAGAUGUAUGAAUUUCUUGAGUAUUCAUUGGACUUUAAAUAUGUUUA